AUGGGAAGGAAGAACAAAGACAACAAGAAUCCAGGCCCUGGUGCAUACUAUCCAGACGUCAAGCCAGUCACUCCAGCAUCUCCAGCGUAUUCGAUCUCCUGCAAGCCUCCUCCUCCCCACAAUGACGAAGAUAAUCCCGGACCAGGAGCAUACACUGUCGAGCAUGGAAAUAAGCGUUUUGGACCUGCAUUUACAAUUCCUGGUCGCCAUCCUUCUUCUCACGAGAAAGACGAAAAAGCACUUAUGCCUGGACCUGGAGCAUACAGAGCCGACUGUGAGAUCAUUCAUCCUCGAGAUCCUGCUUACUCAAUGCAGGGACGAAGGUCUUCCUACCCAAAAGAAGUUCUACCUGGACCGGGUGCUUACGGUGCUGGAGCUUCAGAAAGCGGUCCGUCUUUUACAAUUCUGGCGAAAAGAGAGUCGCCAAUGUCUACAAGUGCCGAAACGCCUGGACCGGGCGCCUAUAAUGCUGGAGAGCGUCCAAAAUCGUCGGCUAUUUCUUUUGCUGGGAAAUAUGGACGAAGGUUGGAGGAUGACAGUCCUGGACCGGGAGCUUAUCCAGCAGCAAGCACUUUAACAGGUCCAUCCUUCAGCAUGGCACGAAAGCGACCACCACGAGAGGUUAUUGAGACGCCUGGACCUGGACAGUAUGCAGCAGACGCAGCCCUGGCUUAUCUUCAACACAAAGAGCCUGCUUUCAGCAUUGCUGGUCGAGGACGAAGACAGGUUGAAAUUUCUGGACCCGGGCCUGGGCGACACAGUAAAUCGCUUCAGGAAACUGGACCUGGGCCAGGUGCUUACAGUCCAGUAGAAAGCUACUGGGGUGGUCCGGCUUACAGCUUCACAUCCAGAAAGCUCAACAGGCCAAUGAGAGAGUCACCGGGACCAGGAGAGUACAAGGCCAGCACCAAGAAAAUAGCCGAAUCAUCACCCGCUUUCUCCAUUGGCAUCAAGUAUUCUUCCAAGAAUUUUGAAUCUGGUCCAGGACCUGGAACAUACAACUCGAAAUCUUCCCUUGGAGGACCGGCUUUCACACUCUCUGGAAGAGGUGAUGAUGAUUAG